AUGGCGGUCCCGCAUUAUGCUUACCUCAAGCUAAAGAUGCCUGGGCCCAACGGCGUGAUAAUUGUUUCGGGGAACUUCACACGCUCAGAUAGCUGUGACAAGGAGUUUCAUAAAAUCUCCGAGUCAUUUGGCAUGCAUGAAGAGUUUGAGAAACUCAAAGCCUCAACUGAUCUUGAGCAGCUUCCCGUCAUCAAAAAAUUGGCUCAUCAGCCCGAAUUCAACAAGAAUGCAGAUACCAAGGAGGUUCAGAUCCAUCCGACUGAUCCUAGCAAAACUGCAAUCAUCUCAACAAGCCUUUCCCCUGCAAAGGAAAGUGCACUCGUCGAGUUCCUCCGUGAGCGCUGGGAAAUCUUUGCCUGGGUGCCAGCUGACAUGCCAUGA